GGUGGGCGGGGUCAGGCUGGAGCUCGACCCAGUUUGAAAGUGAACCAACGGCUCCAGUCGCAGCUUCAGCCCCCAAACAACAACAAGACCCGAAUCCCGAGAACCGGUCCCAGUCUGCUGCACCUGUAGCCGGCCCUCCUGACGAGUGCCAGUAUGAUGCGUAAAGACGUGAACAAGCCGAAGGGGAAGACGUCGGCGUACGCCUUCUUCGUCCAGACGUGUCGAGAGGAACACCGGAAGAAGAACCCCGAGCAGUCGGUGAACUUCGCCGAGUUCUCCAAGAAGUGCUCCGAGAGAUGGAAGGCUCUGUCUCCCAGCGAUAAGAAGUGCUUCGAGGACAUGGCGAAGGCCGACAAGGUUCGCUACAACCGGGAGAUGAGAGACUACGUCCCCCCUAAAGGCUUCGGAAAGAGGGGCCGCAAGAGGAAAGACCCCAACGCCCCCAAGAGACCCCCGUCUGCGUUCUUCGUGUUCUGCAGUGAGUACCGUCCCAGUGUGAAGCAGCAGUGUCCAGGGCUGUCUAUAGGAGACUGUGCUAAGAAGCUGGGAGAGAUGUGGAGCAAACUGUCCCAGUCUGAGAAGCAGCCGUACGAGGAGAAGGCCCAGAAACUACGAGAGAAAUACGACCAGGACAUGGUGGCAUACCGCGGCGGCGGAACGUACGCCAGGAACCCCGGUUCUUCAGCUCAGGGCGGAGAGGAGGAGGAGGACGAGGAGGACGAAGACGAGGACGAGGAGGACGACGAGUAGAGAGCUGAAAGACUGAGAGGCAGGCAGGUGUGUGUGUUUCAGGGCAGCUGAUUGGACAGCAGGCCAGGGGGCGGGGCUUCACCACAGGUGUGACGUCCUGGUUACAGAGGCUCAGGUGAGUCAGAGCAGCCAGCCAAUCAGGAGCAGCUGCUCCUGUCUCCAUGGUAACAGCAGAUGAUCAUUAUUUAACGUAUGGAAUCAGUAGUCCAUCAGGCAGGAGUCAGGUACGGAUGAGGGAACAUUCAGACCUCACCUUCAUUGUGUAUUGUCCAGUCACCCUCUUAACGAGUGGAGCUCAGCCAGGUGCACCAUUCACUUCUUCUCUUCAGACAUUCCUCCUCAGGGAGGAUGGAGAUGGAGGACAGGUAGGACUGUUGGAGGUUCACCUGGGUCUUCACCUGGAUGACCCACAGAAGUCACAUGCUCUCUCUGACCCACAUUAGUCUGGUAGUUUUCAGUGUAGUUCAUGAAGCUUUAGCAUAAAAAGCUAACCAAAGCUAACCAAUAGCUUUCCUCCAGUCACACUGUACUUUGGUACACUUACUUCUGCAGUUACAGUUACUUCUACAGUUACUUCUACAGCUAGUGUUUAUGUUGCAUGUUUGGUGACAUGAAGCUUCCAGUGCAGCGUAACCCUUUGAUGCCGUGUCAGUCAGGAGAUCCCCAUUUCCAUUGGGUUUGGGUCACUUCUGACCCAUGCUGCUCAUCAAAGGGUUGACCAGUGUAACACUCGACCCACCUGUAACCGGGUCACAUGACCCACCUGUAACCGGGUCACAUGACCCACCUGUAACCGGGUCACAUGACUCAACUGUAACCGGGUCACAUGACUCACCUGUAACCGGGUCACAUGACCCACCUGUGGCUCAGCUGAUGAAACCUGAUCCAGUGUCUGAAUCUUGUGAUUGACAGGUUGCUCUGAAACACACACAUUACUGCAGCGUGUGUGUGUGUAAGUACUGUGUGUGUGUGUGUGUGUGUGUGUGUGUGUGUGUGUGUGUGUGUGUGUGUGUGUGUGUGUGUGUGUGUGUGCGCGUGCACGUGUGUGUGUGUGUGUGUUGAGGUCAUCAGAUGUUAAACUGUCCGACACCAGAGGAUAGUAGAAUAAACCCCCUCACUGUUACCAUGGUUACCCCUGCACCCCCCUCCCCCUGUGUGUUGCCAUGGAAACCCCUGCCCCUCCCCCUGCUCUCCAUCAUCGUCAUGUUGUUGUUUUUUUAUUUUCUUAUUGGAGGUUUUCUGUUCCUUGUUCACUGUCAGAGUAGAAACUUCAACUUUUAUAAUAAAACGACCAACUGAGGGAAAAACACAAAAA